AUGACGCACUUUCAAUUACUUAAACUUCGUUUACAGGAUUUAUUUCUGAAAGUCCUGCCGUCGGACUGCCUUAAUUAUGUUCGGCACCGGCCAGCUCCUACGGUAGAGCCGACAAUUCAGCAAUUCAAUCGCAUUUACGGUGUCGUUCUUACCUCGAUUAUUGAAGCUGAUAAUCCAAAACCGUCUGUAGCCGUAAGUGCUGCAACUCCCUCGUUAGCUUCCCUCACCCUCUCCAUGGUUUCAACUCCACUGCAAUAUGACCAACGGAUGUUAAGCAACGGCGGACGACACGGCGCUCGAGUACACUCUUCUGUCGACGUACCGUCUUGCGGAAGUUUUAACCCGAACUCCCUCGGUUUUGCUUCCGUCCGAGCUGAAAUGCUGUCCAAGUGGAUCUCCGUUGCAGCUGAGCUACGUGCAUUGCGGAGCUUCUCAGCAUUUACAGCCGUAAUGACUGCUCUGCAAGGAAGCGCAAUUGGAGGGUUGCACGAAACAUGGAGCUUUGUUGAAGCGUACGUUUCUUUUAAGCUUGACUUUAACGAUGGUACUAUUGGUGCGCGUGAUUUUUAUAGGCAUCGGGCGUUUUGUCAGCAGUUGGAUCGACUUAUUUUUAGACAUUAUCCUGAGCAAAAUGAGGUUUUUCACGAAUUAGCUCAACUUCUCACUUUGGAGGACAACAAAAAAUACGCAAGGGAAUUGAUGGACCACGUGAGUCUUUAUUAUGCAUUGCCUAGCGACCACAAUGAAACCAAUAUGAUGAAGACCAUGGGUACAAUUCCCUAUCUCGGCAUAUUCCUUAACGACCUUGCAAUGCUGCACGAGUCCGCUCAAGACUUGGUGUCGCGACCCAAACCAAAACCGCGACAGCCUCCAAGCCACGCAAACCUGAUUGGCAUAAUGGGCGACCACCGUCGACGCCUCCCGACUCCAUCGACACCCCUUCAGCCCCCGAGGCGACCCCCCAGACAGAAAGCCUCGAUGACCAACUCCGAGGACGACACUGCGUCCCAUAGGGUCAACGCCCCAAAAGCCGUUGACAACCGUCGUCGAGGCGGGUGUGAUAAUGACGACAUGUUCCUUUCAACAUCUGGGGAAAUCCCUCACUGCCGCGACGUCAAGCGCAGACAAGGUGAGCCCGGGACCCCCGGGUUCUCGGUCUUCCCCUCUCAGCUGCAACCCUCCAGGCGAAGAGCCGCAUCCGCCUCGCCUAAAACGCGCGACUCUCAACACAACGGCUCGACACCUCAAGCACAAAGCAAUGAAUUGAUUAACUUUCGCAAGCACUAUCGCGAAUAUAAGGUCAUAGCGAAACUGCUCAAACUACAGAAGACUGCCACUCGGUACAGGAUAUCCGAAGAUGUGUCAUUCAAGAAAUGGUUUGCCGAUCUUACGUUGAUUACCGAAAAUGAGGCGUAA